AGUGGAUCUCAGUGCCCAACUCAGUGUCUCCUCUCUCCUCUCUCCUCUCUACACACGCGACCUUUUACACCAUCUUGCGCAAGAAUUAGCUUUCAGUUGCAUAUAUGGAAGGAAGCACAGGCAACCAAUCUGAGGAGGUCGCUGUGGUUACAGGAGGGAACAGAGGAAUUGGGCUCGAAAUAUGCAAGCAACUGGCUUCCAAUGGAGUCACUGUAGUAUUGACAGCAAGGGAUGAGAAGAGGGGCGCCGAAGCAGUCAGCACACUUGGGCUAUCCAACGUCGUAUUUCAUCAGCUGGAGGUCAGCGACCCGAUGAGCGCUGCACGCUUAGCUGAUUUUAUCAAGGAGAAGUUUGGCAAGCUGGAUAUAUUGGUUAACAAUGCAGGAAUUACUGGAACGAGGUGGAGCGUCGAUGACCCAGAAAUUUUUCGUCAAAAGCUCGCAGGCAUGGACGAUCCCGUGGAGAGGAUCGAAACAAUGAAUAAGCACAUCACAGAAGCUUACGAUGAAGCAGAGAAAUGCUUGAGGACCAACUACCAUGGGAUCAAAGCUGUCACAAAAGCAUUGCUUCCUCUUCUGCAGUCCUCAUCCCAUGGAAGGAUUGUUAACAUAUCAUCCUACUAUGGACUACUCAGGUUUUUCAGUGGAGAUGAACUGAAGGAGGAACUCAACAAUAUCGACAGCUUGUCUGAACAGAGGCUGGACGAGUUGUCAGAAUUGUUCCUCAAGGACUUCAAGGAUGGCCAACUGGAGCCUCGAGGGUGGCCCAAGGAAUUCACUGCAUACAAAGUGUCCAAGGCUCUCAUGAAUGCCUAUUCCCGGAUCCUUGCGAAGGAGCACCCAUCACUAUGCAUCAACUGCGUGCAUCCAGGCUAUGUCCAGACGGACAUGAACUUCCAUGCUGGGGAUCUCCCAGUCGAGCAGGGUGCACGGGGAGCUCUCAUGAUGGCGAUGGCACCCAAGGGAGGCGUCACUGGCGCGUACUUGGAUAAAACCGAGGUGGCGUCAUUCGUGUAAUACGCUCGCACCGUUGUUACAGGGCACGGAAGUCGGAAGAUAUCAAUUUUCACGACGUUUCUUGUGGAGUAUAUUGAUUAUAAUUUGGUUUAUGCCAAGAGGUUCUUCAAGUCAGAAUUUGCAGUGUUCCUAGUAUGUGCAAAAAAAAAGUUACUUCUGUUGUUCAAUGGUUAAACAAUCUUGUUUAACCUCUUUGUUCUGGUUAAUCCUUUUUUUUUAUUAUUUCUUGAA